GUGACAACCGACCAGACCCGAGUAAACCCUAGCAGUGAUAAAUACUGACCGAGCCACGGAGCCGGCUGCUCCCGUGCACUCACUCCCCGUUGGUGUCUGUUACUCCCGAGGAUAUCCAAGGAGUCACCUGUCUGUGUCUAAGAUGGAAACCAGACAACAAGAGCUGUACUCUAGUGUUCUGAGCGAAGGAGCAGUGGUGGACUGGGGCAGCGUGGGUCCCGGAGAGGAGUGGGUUAACUCAGCCACACACGAGGGGCAGCAGGGUGGGAAUGAGGGGAUGCUCGACCCCUCUGCCGAGGAGUCGGUUCAGUGGAACUACGGUGACGACUCGGCUCCUGGGCUCACAAACGGGGACAACCCGACAGAAUGGGGUAAAGCUUCACCACCGAGGGAGGAUCGGUGGGGCCCCACAUCAGUGUCCCACUCUGACAACUGGGUCAGGUCCACCAUUUGGAAUAUGCAACAGAACGGCAGAGAGAGAGGACACCUCGCCGCAGGUUUUCUGGACUCUGAGCCACUGAAAGAGGCCGAUGAAGAUUUGGUGUCAGAGGUCAACUUGAACAGCUCCAUCAUGACGGAGGAGGAGAGAGAAGAGGCUCAGCAAGAACUGGCCAAACUGGAAGAGGAGAUCAGUACCCUGAGGCAGGUUUUGGCGUCCAAAGAGAAGCAGCACGCAGAGAUCAAACAGAAACUGGGCAUCAGUCCUCUGAGCGAGCUCAGGACCAACUUCACUAGAGGCUGGCACGACAUGCAGUGCUCCUCGGCAUACAGGAAGACGUCAGAGACGCUUUCCACAGCAGGACAGAAGACCUCGGCUGCCUUCAGCACCUUCGGCACCACCAUCACCAAGAAGUUUGGAGACAUGAGGUCCAACUCUAUAGGCUACUCUAUCAAACAGUCUAUGAGCAUGCCCACCAUGAGAAACUCUCCCAGCUUCAAGUCUUUUGAGGAGAAAGUUGAAAACACAGUGUCGACUAUUAAGACAAAGGUCGGUGGCACAGGGGCCGGAGGCAGCUUUGAAGAAGUCCUCUCAUCCGCAGCCAACGCCAGCUCUCAGGACACGCCCACCAACAACCUGACAGACAGCUCGGAGAGGCAGUGCUAGAGCUGCAUCCCAAACCAUGAGGCGGGACUAACAAACCAGGAGCUGUAUCACUGAUAUAUCACAGCACUUUGUCACAUAUCCACUAAAAGCUCUGACUUAACAGAUUUUAUUUGAGGUGUUUUAAGACGAUUCGGCAAAAAAGUCUGACGAUAUAUAAGGAGGCUGAGCAAAACAACAUCAGGAGGCAGAGAAACCAAAAUCCAGAGGUGAGAGGAGAAAGUAUUUGAGCUGCACUUAAAAAGUGAUCUGAACUUUAUCUAAGUCGAAUGCAGAUAUCUCCAGAGGGUUCACUUACUUUCUCCUGCCUCGGUUGAUCUUUAUUCUGUCACUGAGCUUCGUGUGUUUGUUCCUCGGUUGGUGUCAAAUCGCAGCUAGAACCUCAGCUACAGAACCUUCAUCCCUGUCUGUGCUUUGGAAAUCCAUCCAAAGUGGAAACAGUCUCACUGGACUGAUGACAGUGCUGCUCCACUAUAGAACUACCACUCUUCAAUUGUUUAACAAUAUAUACAAAACUACAGUUUAGGAUAUUAUUAGAAAUAUGUGAUUGAUUUAAAAGCUAAGUACUUUUGAAACAAACUGAUUGAUUUUACUCUUAGACAAGAUAUGUGUUCCUGCAGAGAAUCUGCAGAUUUUAAAAGUCUUAAAAAGCAUGGAAUUCAUUUUAUAUUUCUUCUUCAAAAAGGCUUAGUGGGUAUUCAAAAGUUUUUUAGUUUUUCCCGUCCAUUAGUCCAAAACUCAUUUACUGCUUUAUAUGACCAGAAACACCAAAUACAAAAUCACUUUGUAGCUAAAACCAGCAAGUGUUUGACAUUAUUGCUUUAAGAUUUGAUCACAGCACCUAAAGAUCUUUUGAAAAUUGCAGUCAAAUAACUUGUUGAAUGUAAAACACGUUUGCUGGAGCCCGUUUUAAUGCUGGAUCAUACAAAUGAUAUAUACUCAGUUCAUUCACACUACAGAAAAUACUAGUUUUUACAAGAGGCAACGAGAUAUUAUAUUUCACCACACACGACACACGUGCUGUGAAAUAUAGACACAUGUUACCUUUUGUUUAUGAAUAAAUGUAAUAAUGUCGUGAAGUUUUGAUUUUUAAUGACUGUAACAAAAAAAUUGGCUGAUAAAUCACAAAUGAUGAAAUCUGAUGCUGGAUUUUCUGCAAACAAUUUUGCUCUAAGACAGCUGUGACUGAGGAUAUAUAAUACGAACUAGAGAACUUUGAGUCAGUUGGAUCGGUGUAGCUGUAUUUGAUCUGAAUGUUCUAAAAAAAAUAUGUUUGUCACCUGCUGCUAAUUCACAGGUAUACAUGUAUUGUACAUGUACUGAGUAUCAGACAGUAACACAACCUGUGUUACUGUAACGUGACCCUGAAACCCAGCACACGUGGUAACUUACACCAGCUCAGAUCUGAGUUUGAGCACAACUAACCCGUUAAAAGCUGAAAGAGUGUUUAAUAUCUACCUUCACUAUGAGAAGGUUGACACCACCAAAGAUAAAUUAAAUAUGAUCAUGUCUCUUUUUUCAUAAAUACUGUCUUUCAUGUGUUAAAGUGAUAAAAAGCCCUGGAUCAUUUCAGUCCGUCCAUGAAACUUGUUAGAGAAAGAAAAAUAAAAAGUUAGUUCUGAUUUAUUAUCCUUGAAAAUACAAAACCCAGUUUGUUAUAUAUUUGUAUGUUAACCAUGGCUUGUACUCAGAUCUUAAAAAAAAAAGCUUGUACUAAAACUCCCAAAGACAUAAACUGUGACAUUGACAUAUAACAACAUUGUGUUUAACAUAUUCAGUUGUAUUCAUACAUUUAAUUACACACUGUGUUAAAUAACUGUUUUUAUGUCUGAAAAUAAAAAUCACUUAAACCAAA